AUAAAAGUAUCAACAACCAAAGCAGGUUCCGUGAAGGGGAGGAGAGGAUAUUCAUUUGAGCUUUGUCUCCUAACAUCACUGUGUGUACAGUAGGGUAGACUUACUUUGCUGUAAUAAAUUAUUACCGAGGUGAUUUAGGAACCCGGGUAAAAAUGCUCCAGUCUCUAGCCAGCAAUUCGUGUGUGCGUUUGAUACAGAAUCAUAAAUCGACGUGGUAUUUCGUGUCUUUAAUAUUGGGUUAUCUCCUUUAUCUCAUAUUCGGCGCCGUCGUCUUCUCGUCGGUCGAACUACCGUACGAAGACCAACUGCGUCAGGAGCUGAGGGCCGUCAAAAAGCAGUUCCUCUUGGAAAAUGAGUGUCUGUCCGAGGAGCGACUGGAGCGGUUUUUAAAGAAAGCCCUAGAUGCCAGUAAUUAUGGGGUUUCUAUUCUCAAUAAUGCCUCGGCUAACUGGAACUGGGACUUCACCUCUUCGCUGUUUUUCGCCAGCACGGUGCUGUCCACCACAGGUUACGGUCACACAGCACCUCUAUCAGAUGGCGGCAAGGCCUUCUGCAUUAUUUACUCCGUGAUUGGCAUCCCGUUUACCCUCCUCUUCCUCACUGCCGUUGUACAAAGGAUCAUGGUCUUCAGCACUCGGAGGCCCGUUACGUACAUCCACACACGAUGGGGUCUGUCCAAGCAGCUUGUGGCCAUCGUUCACGCCACCCUACUGGGCAUGUUGGCCGUCUCGUGCUUCUUCCUCAUCCCGGCGGCCAUCUUCUCUGCUCUGGAGGAGAACUGGAACUUCCUGGAGUCCUUUUAUUUCUGCUUUAUUUCACUCAGCACCAUUGGCCUCGGAGACUACGUACCAGGAGAAGCAGCCAAUCAGAAGUUCAGGGAGCUGUAUAAAGUGGGCAUCACUGUCUACCUCAUUCUGGGUCUGAUAGUCAUGCUGGUGGUGUUGGAGACCUUCUGUGAGCUGCAGCAGCUGAAGCAGCUCAGGAAGAUGUUCUACCUGAAGAAGGAGAAGCCCCAGGACCGCCUCGCCAUUUUGGAGCACGACCAUCUCUCCUUCACCACCGUGUCUGACAACACAAGCAGCAAGAAUGAGGACAAAGCCAAGACGUUUCUCAGUGUCCCAACUCUGGUCUCUCCCAAUGAUGACCCAAUGAUCCAGUAAAAAAAAAAAAAGACCAAAAAGGAUAACCAGAGGAAUAAAAAAUAAGGGAUUAACUCAUAGUAGAGAACAGCAUGAGUAAAAACCAAUCACGGCUUUAGGCAAAUUGUAGUCAAAGCUAAAAUCGGUUAGGUCUGCACAGAUCAAGCAAACAAUACCUACUACUAAACCACAAAACUGACAGUAGAGAUAGUGUUAUGCAGCAGAGAGUUUAUCUACAUAAUAAAAGUGAAAUUAAUAUUUUAACAGCAGCUAUAAAUACAAAGUCAGUGAUAAAAGUAAAGUCCUCUGCUGUAUUUAUGACUCACAAAAGCUAAGCGCCUUUAAAAGCUACAUUAUUUAUGGCACACUUAGGAAUAUUUGAUGAAGUAAUUCGUCUCUUACGACUACCUUGAAGACGGGAAACCUUCUGCCACAAAUUAGGACAUAAGUAUGUAUGUAUCUUUUAAAUAGAGUUUUUAGACAGGUCUUUGUGUAUAAUUGGGAGAAUGUUUUAAAUGUAGGGUAUGAAGUUAAAGCAGAACUUUACCUGAUAUCUAAAAAAAAUUGCUGAUGCUGUAUCGUGGCCUGUUUCGGUUCUUUUUGAUUUUUUGGCAUUUUUUUAUUUCUCUGAUUGUAAACUGCUAGAAAAGAGAGCUUUACACACCCUUUAUUGAUGUCAGUAUUCAUUUAAUUAUUGAUUUUCAAAAUGAAAAUGUGGGUCGCACCAUUGAUUCAAAGAUUUACAUAAGGACUGGUUUAUCAGUUUUAUUUACCAUAAAUUUGCUAUUGAUCAAAAGGUAGCGGAAUAUGUUUAAAAAUGUAACUUAGGGAGCUGCUAUGUAAGAAUAUUGUUCAUAUUUCGAGGCAUUUCUGGGUCUUCCUUACAGUGGUGUUAAGUGUUUUGGUUGCACUGCACGUGUCAUUGUGAGGGGAAAAAACUUGCUUUCAUUUGUGCAACCUCAUUGCAGCUCUGUUCUCAAAGUUGCUCGUGUGUAAAGUGGUGCAAGUCAUUGAUCCAUCUGAACGCUUUAAUGCAUGCUUGACUGUGAGUAAAAAAGGAAACCGAGGUUCGUCGAGCUUGCUGAGGGAGUUGCUUUUUUAUUCUGAAGGGAGUUAGGUUUGCACAUGAGCAAGAUUCAGACAGAAUUCACACACUUUGAAAGAUUCUGUUUAAUAAAAGGGAUUUGAACUGUAGAUUUUACUGUAUUUGUAACAUUUGAAUGUAGAAAUGCUUGCUUUUUGCUAUGACUUGAGAAACGUUUACAAAUUGCUUUGAAUGGCAGAAAUACUGUACCAGAAAUGGCACCUUUGAAAACUUGAAAUCCGUCGCGGGCAGCAGCUCUAAUUACUCGCCUCAGCAGUUUUGCUUCAAUGCUUCACAUAACAAAGGCCUUUGUUUGACUCAAAAACAAUUCUGGCACCUCGUCAUCCAUCCUCAGAUUUUUAGCUUGUUGACAGAGUUAGUCUCUUCAUGCACCUGUCCUGACAUUAGCAGAAAAAAAUGCAUUUACAGAGAGUUUCAAUGCUAUUAUUGCCCUGGUGAGCAGUUUUGUUUCAUCUCACAUCACUCCCUGGUUUUAAGCUCUUGAAUGUAAUGUAUUUUUUUUUUCUAUAUGAAGAAUUGUCAGUUGAUGAAAGUGGAAUUUAUUUUUAGAUGUUUUCUAAAUUUAAUCUUCAAAAUGUUAUUAUUUGAGUUUCUUUCUGAGUUUUGACUGCAGUGUUUAAAGGAAUAAUAUUGCCUUUAUGACUGUAAUUGCUAUACGGAUUAGUUACUGUUUCUCACAGAUUGCAUCAGCAGGAAUCGACAUUCUCAUUAUGAUGUAAUGUUGUAUCGGCGCUUGCUGUCAGGUGUGUAAAAGCACGCUUUGCAACACAUGGAGUUUACUUUCUUGCUUGAGGAGUGAUGAACUUCUUGCAUUGCUUUUUCGGGUAAAGAAGAAACAACCUGAGGGACUCUGGUAACUUUUCUGUUGUAAAUCAUAUUAAGGUUGAAAAUGUUCCCAUGAAGUUUCAGUUGUCUUUGCAAUAACUACUUUUUGAGUCAAUAUGUUUUGUUUUCUGUUAGUUUGAAAAUGUGCCUGGCUUUUUCUGAACUCCAUUCAUUCCAUUUAAUGUUUGUCUGAUGGUUUAAUUUUUUUUCUCCUACCAUUCUGGGCCUUUGUGAACUACUGUGAAAAGAUUGGUUGUCUGCUGAGUAGAAAAAACUUACAUUUUGUAACUCUAGUCUCUUUUACUGUAUAAUGUCUGUUUGUAGCUACAUUUAUAGCUCAUUGUUUGUUAAUGUCUUUGAUCUUGCAAAGUUGUUGUUGGCAUAUACUUUGACUAGAAGGCAAAAGGCGGGGGGCGAUUUAAGUUUCUAUCAAGGAUUAAACAUCAUGUGAGUGAUUCCAGAUGGAAACACCGAGUUUUUAUUUAUGCUGACAAAACUGACAUGUUUGGAAUAUUUGCAGUCAUGAGCUAUUGUACAUAUCUUUUCAGUCGAUGUCAGUGAUACUGUAUAUUCAAAUGCACAGUUAAGUAUUUUACUGUUACAAUAUUAAUCAUUCAAAACAAGACUGUCACUGGGUACCAGAGAAUCAUUUCAGCAUAAGAAAAUACACUGUAAAAUGUAAAAAAAAAUUGUUCAUGUGUCUGAAAUAAAAUGUUGGAUUAAAAUAA